UUGAGAGGGGGCACUCGCGCCGCCGGAAGCUGCCGUACGGUUUUCGGCGCCUGGUCGGUGGCUGGAUCACCAGGAGCAGCCAUGGAGCAGCAGGAUCCGGGCACCACUUUUGACGACGGCAUGGACUCAUUCGUGGAAAAGUUCCAGAGUCAGCCUUACCGUGGCGGCUUCCACGAGAGCCAGUGGGAGGAGGAAUUUGAAAAGAUUCCUCUGUUUAUGAAGAACUCACCAUCAGAAAUUGAUCCCCUGGAGAAUCCUGACUUGGCCUGCCUGCAGUCAAUUAUUUUUGAUGAAGAACGAUCUCCAGAAGAUCAGGCCAGGACUUACAAAGACGAGGGCAAUGAUUACUUUAAAGAAAAAGACUACAAGAAAGCUGUUAUUUCAUACACUGAAGGAUUAAAGAAGAAAUGUGCAGACCCUGAUUUGAAUGCUAUUCUUUAUACCAAUCGGGCAGCAGCACAAUACUAUCUAGGUAAUUUUCGUUCUUCUCUCAAUGAUGUGAUGGCUGCCAGAAAGCUAAAACCCUGCCACCUCAAAGCAAUAAUAAGAGGUGCCUCUUGCCAUUUGGAGCUGAAAAACUAUGUCGAGGCUGUGAACUGGUGUGAUGAGGGGCUGCAGAUAGAUGCCACAGAGAAGAAGCUUCUGGACCUGAGGGCUAAAGCAGACAAGUUGAAGCGAACUGAACAGAGGGAUAUAAGGAAAGCAAAGCUGAAAGAAAAGAAGAAGCAGGAUCAGAAUGAGGCUUUACUCCAGGCCAUCAAGGCUAGGAACAUCAAGCUAGUUGCUGAAGCUGCUGGAGAGGAUGAAGACUCAGCCUCAGAAGGUCUCAGUGAGCUCGUCCUGUAUGGGCUCAGCUCUGAGAACCCCUGUGGAGCCAGGCUGAGUGUGGAUGACCAGGGAAGACUGAGCUGGCCUGUGCUUUUUCUGUACCCAGAGUAUGCCCAGUCGGACUUGGUCUCUGCUUUUCACGAGGAUUCCAGGUUUAUUGAUCAUCUAAUGGUGAUGUUUGGUGAAACACCCUCUUGGGAUUUAGAGCAAAAAUACUGCCCUGAUAAUUUAGAGGUCUACUUUGAGGAUGAGGACAGGGAGGAGCUGUACUGCGUGCCUCCUAGUAGCACCCUGCUGCAGGUGCUGCAGCACCAAAGGUACUUUGUAAAAGCCCUGACACCAACAUUUUUGGUCUGUGUAGGAUCCUCUGGUUUUUGUAGGAAUUAUCUCCGGGGUAAAAAGGUGCACCAGGUAAAGUGACUGGGCCAUGCUGUGGGAGCCAGGCUCCCUGGGCCUCCUCCCUCCCCCACCUCAGCCUGGAGUUAAGCAUACUUGAAUCAGCAAGAUCUACUCUUCGAACCCAGCACUUUAUUCCUGUCACCCCAGGGGCAGGCCUUCCCUGCAUCAUGGUUGGGGAGGAGCUGCUGCCUUCUUGAACUUCAGCCUCUCGGGUCAGACCGCCGAGCUCUAGCAGGCCUUCACUUUGCUCUCUUGCUGCUGAGCUCUGUGCCUUGCUUAUGACCUGCUUGGACUCACUGUGAGUUGUGUUAACACCACCCUCCAGCUCUGACCUGAAGACUCAUGAUCCAAGGACAUGGUUCUGCAGCUGUGUGCCUCACACUGCACACAUACACAGCCACACAUGUGACUGUAAGGUGUUAAUCCCGAGAAGUCCUUCAUGAACACAGAGGCCUGCUCUGUUGGGAUCCUGUAGAUGCCUUGGGGUGAGAUGGGGCCAGGGAAGCCAGGUCCUAAUUCUCCAUCUUUUAUGAAGAGUUGCAAAUUGAGGCUCCUCUAGAACCCCUAAAAAGUUUGCCAUGUUUCCUGACCUUUGCAGUAUGGAGACCUGUGACAUACUUAGACAGUAUAUCAGUUUUCAUAUUUAGAAUUUUAUGCCUCUUAAUCUGGAAAAUCUUUUUGCACGUUGAGUCACUGUCAUCUGUUGUAUUUUUGUCUACAGCUAUUUGCUUCCUCCUUCCUAGAGGAUUUUAUAUGUCCUGUCCUUGCAUUGCCCACCCUUUCCCCCAGUGAGGAGGGUGCGUCCCUUCUCCUGAUGCAAAGGGAUGUGAGUGGACUUGUUCAGGCAGAGCUUGCAGGGUAUGGUGCGGUGGAUCAUGCUCUUCCCUCUGCCUGGGAAUGUAUUUCCCAGGGUGGGGCUGUUCCUUCAGCUGGAUGCUAAAACACGUGGAGCAGAGCUGAAGCAGCUGGCCUGCAGCCAUUGACUGUGACAUGAAUGAGAAAUAAAUAUUUGUUGUUGUAGUAAUAAUAAGCACUGAGAUUUGGGAGUUGUUUGUUACUAUAGCAAAGCUACCUAAUACAUCAUUAAACUGAAACCAGCUGCUCUACUUAAGAUCAACUAACUUAGGGUUUUCUGCUGUGCGUGCUGUCAUCUAUGAAUGGCAGUUUGCUGUGGAAUGUUUACAAAGAACCAGGCAGCUUUCCUUCCAGGUGCAGGUCCCUGCUUGUGGCUAUAGAGCCAAAGUCCAGCGUCCAUCAUGAGCCUGGCUUAGGCCACACAGGCCAUCCUCUCUCAUUUCCCAGCUGGAUUCUGUGCCCUUCCAGACAACAAGGCCUGUCCCAGCUUUGCCCCACUGCAGUGGCUAUGGUGAUGGGCAGCCAGGGUGAGCACAGGAGUGUGGGGCAAGGGUCCUGAGCACUCCCCUUCCAUAGGGGUGGGACCUGCAGGGUUCAGGACAGGUGGCCCUCUUGUGAAGUGGAUGGGUAUAGUGGGGCCUGUGGGCCUUGCCCUCACCUGGUGCCUCUGUGGCCACUUGCCCAUGCCUCGGAUUCUAGCAGAGCCAAAUCAGAGCUCCCCACAAGGACUUAACCCUCCUCCACCUCAUCUUACAGAUGAGGAAACAGGCUCAGAGGAAGGACAAGGGCAAGGCUGAGGGGUGAGGAGCCAGCAUCUUUGGCAUCCCCAACUUGAGGCGGGGCCUUUCCCACCAUCCCAGGGACCCUUCUGCCCACAAGACUAGAGUGCAGCCCUUCUCAGGGCAAAGGGUCAGGGAUGGAGGUGGGCCUCCCCAACCUGUCUAGAUACCUCUGUGGAUUUAGGGUGUCAGCUGGAGAACUUGGUGGGGGACAAAAGAACCCCUUAAGCCACACCCUGAUGAAACACUUCUGGAGGUGUACAAGGGCAAGCAGAGAGAUGAUAAACGGCUGUCAACAUGGACAGCAAGCAGUAUGCAAACCCUUGUCCUAAGCCACAUUCUCAGUUCUAGGAUCACAAUUUUAUAAAUAAGGUGGAGGCACACAGUCUCAACAAUGAGUAUCAGACCUGGGAUCUGAACCCAAGCGUCUCACUCCAGAGCCCACCAGCCUCCUCUUUCAGGUUUCUUUUCUUCUGUUGGCUUUACCAACAUUUAAUGGGCACCAACCAAGGGCAACCAAUCUAGACAGCAUAUUAAAAAGCAGAGUCAUUACUUUGCCAACAAAGGUCCAUCUAGUCAAGGCUGUGGUUUUUGCAGUAGUCAUGUAUGGAUGUGAGAGUUGGACUAUACAGAAAGCUGAGUGCUGAAGAAUUGAUGCUUUUGAACUGGGGUGCUGGAGAAGACUUUUGAGAGUCCCUUGGACUGCAAGGAGAUCCAAGCAGUCCAUCCUAAAGGAAAUCAGUCCUGAAUAUUCACUGGAAGGACUGAUGCUGAGGCUGAAACUCCAAUACUUUGGCCACCUGAUGUGAAGAACUGACAGACCCUGAUGCUGGGAAAGACUGAAGGUGGGAGAAGAAGGGGACAACAGGAUGAGAUGGUUAGAUGGCAUCACCGACUCAAUGGACACGAGCUUUGAGUAAACUCCAGGAGUUGGUGAUAGGGAGGCCUGGCGUGCUGCAGUCCAUGGGGUCACAAAGAGUUGGACACAACUGAGCAACUGAACUGAACCAAGGGCAAGGCAUCAGGUAGCUUCUGCCUUCAGGGUCAUGCUGUUGAGUGGGUGUCAUAAACCUUACCCUGGGUUGAGAACUCUCCAAUAAAGGGAAAUGCAGCCA